UCCUCUGUGACUUGUAAGCAAAGCCAAAUUAGAAGAACCCCAAAAAAAGAAAAGACAGAGAAGAAGAAGAAGGAAGAAGGAAAGAAGAUGAAGCUGGUUUGGUCUCCGGAGACAGCAUCCAAAGCUUACAUAGACACCGUUAGAUCUUGUGAGAAUCUGGGAACGCCUGGUGCGGCGGAGCUGGUGGCGGCCAUGGCGGCGGGUUGGAACGCGAAGCUGAUAGUGGAAACGUGGUCGGAAGGCGAAGACAUAACAUUAAGCUUAGGCCUGACCGUCGCGAGCCAUCACACAAACGCCAAACACAUAUGCAUCGUACCAAACGCGAAAUCUCAGGCCGUUUAUCUCCAAGCGAUUCAAGAAUCAGUGUUUUCCUCAAACGCGCCAGAGAUCAUCGUCACUGAGGAGCCAGAGAAAGCGAUGAAGAAGCUACAAGAGGUCGAUUUCCUGGUGGUCGAUUGGCGGCACAAGGAGUCCGCCAUGGGCGUUCUGCGAAACGCUGCGUUUAGAAGUCGUGGAGCGGUUGUGAUCUGCAGAAGCGGUUACUCAAGAACUGCGUUAGGGUUCAGCUGGAGAAGAGCGUUCGGCGACCGGAAAGUUGUGAAAACGGUGAUACUUCCGGUGGCCGGAGGGUUGGAUAUUGCCCACGUGGCAGCCGCAGACUCAGAGAAGAGUGAUGAUAAUAACAAGAGAAGAUGGAUCAAACAUAUUGAUCUGAGAUCAGGAGAAGAGCAUGUUAUCAGGAAAUAGAGACAAGACAAGACAAGAUUCCACGGAAGUGGUCUGGUCUGAUUUAUUUAUUUGUAACUGUAACUGUAAGAGUGUGGUCUGUACAUAAAAAUCCAAUAGAUGAAGAAAUUGCAUAAACAAGAGUUUGAUUGUGUUACAAGAAAUUCCCAAAAGUUUGGAACUUUGUCUUGAAACGCUGAUAAUGUGUUCAUUGCAAUCUUCUGUGAGAGUGUCUCAAUCACAAGAAAGCUUCCA